CCUCGUCGUCGUGAGGCGCGGAGGCCGGCGUUGGGCCGGAGUGUGCCAGGCAGACGCCGGCGAUGGCGGGAGGCACCCGGAGGAGCGUGGUCGGAGGCGGGCGGGCGAGGGAGGCCUCGGUGACGGGGCCCAGGGGGCGCUAGGGGGGGGCCUCGCCCUGUCUCCCAGCCCGGCAUGGCCGGCCUCAUCAAGAAGCAGAUCCUGAAGCACCUGUCCAGGUUUACAAAAAACCUCUCCCCGGAUAAAAUCAAUUUAAGUACACUCAAAGGGCAGGGGCAACUGACUAACCUUGAACUGGAUGAAGAAGUUCUGCAGAAUGUCUUGGAUCUGCCCACCUGGUUAUCCAUUACCCGGGUAUUUUGUAACAAGGCUUCCAUCAGGAUCCAGUGGACAAAGUUGAAGACUCACCCAAUCUGUCUGUAUUUGGAUAAAGUCGAAGUGGAGAUGCGAACAUGUGAGGAACCCCGGUCACCAAAUGGACAGUCACCCAUUGCACUUGCUUCAGGCCAAAGUGAAUAUGGCUUUGCUGAAAAGGUAGUGGAAGGCAUGUUUAUUGUUGUCAAUUCCAUCACCAUCAAGAUCCACUCCAAGGCAUUCCAUGCUUCUUUUGAAUUGUGGCAGCUUCAAGGAUACAGUGUCAACCCCAAUUGGCAGCAGAGUGAUCUGCGCUUUACCCGUAUCACUGAUUCACACAGGGGAGAGGUUCUAACAUUUAAAGAACUCACUUGGCAGACUCUCCGAAUAGAGGCCGAUGCUACAGAAAAUGGAGAUCAAGAUCCUAUCACCACUCCCCUGAGACUUAUUACAAAUCAGGGCAGAAUCCAAAUAUCUCUUAAGAGAAAGACAAAGGAUUGCAAUGUGGUGGCCUCUAAGCUCAUGUUCCUCCUUGAUGACUUGCUGUGGGUGCUGACUGAUUCUCAGUUGAAGGCAAUGAUGAAGUAUGCAGAGUCUUUGAGUGAAGCCAUGAAGAAAUCAGCCCAGCAGAGGAAAAGCAUGGCUCCUGAACCUGUCCAAAUUACACCUCCUGCUCCCAGUGCCCAACAAUCCUGGCCUCAGUCAUUUGGGAGUAGCCAUAAAGCAAUCAGCCAGUAUUUUGAAAAACAUGAUAUGAAAGAGUCUUCCUAUCACCUUCUCAUCUCCCGUCUGGAUCUUCACAUCUGUGAUGAUAGUCACACUCGAGAAACAGGUGAAGACUUUUCCUAUUUAGGUGCUUCUAAACAUGGAAUAACAGGAGGUGCAAUGCAAUUAACUUUUAGGAGAAUGGCAUUUGACUAUUAUCCAUUCCAUUGGGCAGGAGAUAGCUGCAAACACUGGGUACGCUAUUGUAAUGCCAUGGAGUCCCGGGAGAAGUGGGCAAAAAAGCUGGUGGAGGAAUUCCAAAACAAGAUGGAGAAAUAUGGAGAAGAAAUAAGCUUUUGCACCUCUAAAACUGCUGCAAGGGAAUCUCCUUUCAAAAUGAAAACAGACACUCCAUCUAGUUCUCAAAAAAGUUCCCCAGAGAAAGGGAUUCCUACGGCCAGUAAACCACCUCCUUUCCUGUUUGGACUCCAACGCCCUGCGUGGAAAAGACUUCGAUCCAGUUGUCUAGUUCUCCGAGUAGAUGAUCUGGAUAUUCAUCAGGUCUCCACUGCUGGACAGCAUAGUAAGAAGCCUUCAACACUGCUUUCAUGUAGGAGAAAAUCACUGAAUCUUCCAGACGAAACCUCUGCCAUUCAUAUAGAGUUUACUGAGUACUACCUCCCAGACAAUCCAGAUUUUCCAGUCCCGUGCCCAAACCUAUACUUGCAGCUGCAUGGUUUGAUUUUCACUCUGGACACAGGGAGCAUGCUUUGGGUGAACUUGUUCUGCCUUGAUCUCUAUCGCAGCCUACAGCAUUUCAAAGCAAUAUACAAUCUGGAGAACUCUGGCAAGCAGGAUGAACAUAUUGAUGUCAGAAUGGAUGGCUUCAUGCUAAAGCUAAACAUCCCUGUAGAGAAGAAAGUAAUGGAUCACCAAGACCGCCCCCAUUGUCUGUCCAUUCGCACAUCAGAAAUGACAGCUACCAACACCAGGCAUGCCCCUCACUGCAGCUGUUUGGCCCUCCAGAAUCUGUUCCGUAGAUUUGCUGCUUCAGAAUUCUUCCACUCUAGCUACACCCAGUUUCCUAAAUUUCAGGAUAAUUUCAGCCUUCUUCACACCCUCUUCUUACGCCAUGCGUACCAAGUGGACUCCAAAGCCCAGAAACACACAGACUUUGGCCAUUCCUUUGUCAGGUCCUCAGCUUCUGAAGACCUUUGGUCUGUUAAUUUCACCGAGAUCUCCCUGGACUUUGAGGGGGCCAAAAGCUCAAAAGGCAAAGUCCUUCACUUUAUUUCCCCAUUCCCUCUCUGUGUGUGGGCCUGUCUUCCAAAGAGAUGGGAGGAAGUCCAGUCCUCAAUGCUGCAGUUCUCUUCUGCCUCACAAGUCAAAGUAAAGACUUCUGCUAGCUUUAGUAACCAUGCCAAACAUCAAGUCAUUUCCAGAGAGGAGCAGUUCUGCCAAAGAUCAAAGACUGAGCAGGACCUGAAAAGCAUCUAUCUCACCCUAGAGGCAAAGGAUGUCUUAGACAAAGGCAGUUGUAAUGUUAAUGGCAAAGGAAAUGAUGAAGAUGUGGAAGUAUCUGCAGAUGUUCAUGUCCUACUGUACUCAAGUGCACACGUGAAGGUGAGACUCAAUCAUUACCAAUAUUUGAUGCUACUUAGGAUGAAGGAAAUCCUGCAAACGUUUCAAGAACAGUUGACCCAAGACACUCAGGAAAUAAUUGGGUCCACUCUAGAUUCUAUGACCACUUGUAUGGGUUUCCUGUUCAACAGCACUGAGGUGGCUUUGCUAAUGCAUCCUACUCCAGGCUCUACAUUGGAACCUAGAUCUAUGGACUCAGACACAACAAGUCUAAUAGAAUCAGAACUCUCCCCUUCAGAUAGCAGGGAGGGGCUGGCUGCUGAAGUCAGGGAGAUGAAAUCAGAUGCUUCCUCAGAUAAAGAAGAUGGCAGCCCCAUAAAACUUGUAGACGACAGUGGAAUUGGGCACACAGAUACCAGUAUAAACACUUUGCAGGAUGGCAUGCUGAAAUCCCAGAGUGAUGGUUCCCUGGUGGGAGAAGAGUUUCACAGACAAAGAACUGGAGAAAGAAGUUCUAUAGAAGAAGCACAUGAGGCAGAAGAAAUUCUUGAUACUGAAAGACAGAGUGAAACUACAAGCUUUUCUCAAAAUCCUCAAAUUCUUCCUUCCAGUCCAACUUCCAUUGUAGAUCCUCUUGGUGGCAUUCAAGUAUCUCCCAAUGGUCAAGAAGAGGCGAUCCCUUUGAAAAAUAUGGAAAUGGAAUUAUCUAGUGCAUUGCAUAUAACAAAGGAUGCAACCAAGGAGGCCUUGCAUGUGACCAUGGACCUCACCAAAGAAGCGAUGUCCAUAACAAAAGAUGCUUUCAGCUUGAGUAAGGAAAAGAUGGCUUCCACUGUACAGAAAAUGCUGUUCCAUCCCCAAACCAAGGAGCCUCCACCAAAAGGUGAAGAAGGUGCAUCGACUCCAGUUGGUGGGAGUGGUGGACGAAUGCGCAUGUUCUCUAUGAAGAGGACUGCCUCUCAGCAUUCCUUUGAUACCAGCUCACUAGAUGGCAGUGGUCCUGAAGACAGGCUGUCGGUGGACAGUGAUGGCAGUGAUGGGUUUGUGCUGCUUGCAGAGUCUGAGCCUGGCCUGGAACCUUUUAUACCAGGACAUCUUCCCCAUGCUCUUGGCAACACAGAUAUCCGGAGAAGCUCAAUAGCAAAUGAGGAAGGAGGAUCCACUUAUAUCAACAGCUCGGCUUCUCUGAGUGGGCAAGACUCCAGCCCGCAGCUGGUAUCAAUUUUGUUACUGAAAAUGAAUGAAGUAAACGGUGUGAUCGAAAUAAAAGGAGAAGACAUGGCGCUUGCCCUUCAGGUUAUGCAGCUAAACCCCGAACACUUAGGAAAUCUAAAUAUGUGGCACUUUCUGCAAGAUGAUUCAACAGGACACCUGAACUCAGAGAGCCCUUCAAACACCGAAACAAGCAAGUCCCAGCCUGAUGUAUGUUUAAGAUUUGAAAUAGGACCAAGUGCUGCGGUGCACUCACCUCUGUCUGUCCAAAAUGGAUUUUUACACAUGUUGGUCCAGAGCUAUCAUACAGAGCUGCUGACUUCCUCUCUGUCUAGCCUUGGACCCUUUCUUGAGGAUGAAGUUAUCCCUGAGGUUAUCCCUAUGAAGAUUGAACUUGUGGAUACCAAGAUUACCCUGAAGGAUGACAGUCCUCGUGUGUAUCCCACUUCUCCUGGUCCUAUUCCUGUAAUCUUAGCAAUGGAUCACAUUGUUGUCUGUUGUAAUGAAGAUGGAGUGUUCUGUAUAACAGCUGCACAGGGAGAGACAGCUUCUGGGCAGAAAAGGCUCCAGGAAGACCUUAAGAAACAGAAGAUCCCAGUAGAAAGAACCUCAGCAGAAGCAAGUGAUGAGCUACAGCUGAAGGAAGUGCCAACAUUGGAAAAAGAACUCCAGGUCACCCAAAAAGCCCUUGAGGAAGCCAAUCUGGACAAAAUACGGCUACUACAGGAAGUUAGGAAAUAUGAUCCUCUCUUCCAACUUUGACAACAGAGGCCUGGGCUUCAAAUGCUCAGGGCAAACAGAGAUCACUACCAGCAUCAAAAUGUCUGCAAAGCCAUUCACUAGACCAUUUUCAGUCCAGAGCUACUGCCUCAAGAAGCAGAAAUGUGGUGCCAUUAGAGAAGAUGGAAAGGGUCAGCAGGUGAACAUGUGGGAAAACAAUUAUCAGCUGUGUUGGGGUUUCGAAACUGUACUCCAUCCAGAGCAUAGUAAAACUGAAUCUAAAAGCUACUGAGCCAAAUGAAAAGAUGUUUUAUCACACCUAAGUUCUUUGUAAGUGGUGCUGACAAACUGCUUAAUGUUCCCACUGUAACCCGUAUUCCUAGUACAGGCGGCAGAUAGCACUGGAGUCAUGUUUUCCAUAUAUCAAUGUGGUAUGGUUAGUCUACUGAGCCUAGGACUUUGUUAGGCGUUGAAAAUAAAUGUCUUGGAAUUUCA